AUGCUAGAGGCAGUAGAAUAUUACGAGGUCGACUGGGCAAACGAGUUCUAUCAGGAGUCCAUCUAUCGGGGAUCGCCGACUCCAAAGUUAGAAAUCGCAUGGGAUGGUCUUUGGAGACAAAAUGAUAUCAACGUUCCUCUGAACAAGUUAUCCUCGCUCAAUCGAUCGGCGAAUACGAAUUGGAAGCUAACACCCGCGCAAUAUGGUGGAGGCGCCGAAGCUAACGUAGAGGUGUUCCAUCAGCUACAUUGUCUGAACAUAAUUCGACAGUACACCUACCUAGACUCAUACGAAGUGCCACCAGAGGGAUUACAGAGAUCCUCAGAGAUGUCUAGAACCCAUGUUGAUCACUGUAUUGAGACGCUGCGUAUUCAUCUCAUGUGUGCAGGAGAUGUGACACCUGUGCUGGUGAGGCUGGAUAACUCCACGCCGCUUGGGGCCGAGGCAGAUUUCUCGACGCACCAUAAAUGUCGCCGAUUUGAUAAGUUGACUGAGUGGAUGGAGAUGCACGCUAUACCCACAGAGGAGCAUUAA